UGAGAGCGACUUGAGUAACGACUAUGAAGAACUCGUGGUAGGAUAGGCCCCAGGAUUGAUCCCCGCCAUAACUCCUUCCAAGCUCCUUCAGACUAAACAAUUCCAUGGAUAUUCAUUCGUGCGAGUAAUGCGAAAGGCGCUCGUCACAUCCAUCUCGAUUCGGCAAGCCCCUUGCAUGAUGCAGCAUUCGCUCCCCUCUGUUGCUGUUGAAGAAGCUUCUUCCCAAGGUGCUUGGCGCCGGGUAUCUAAUUCCCUUACCACCAAUAGGCAUGCUUCACCCAUUGGUGUCGGUACCUGCGGGGAUGAAAUACAGUGAGGGGGCCUGAGCCUGUCCAACGCUUAGGCAUGAACUAGUGCGGGGCUCUUCAACCGAGC